GUCAAAAUUAAUUUCAAAAAUUGAAGUUGAAGGCCCUCGCAUCUCAUAAUUAAUUUUCUGAACUUUUUCCUUCUUCUCCUUUCGUUAAGUACACUUUGUUGAGUGAGAAGAAGGAAGCAGGAGAAGAAGCCAGACAAGGCUUGGCAACGAUUAACGACGAAAGCAGUUGGCAGAAGGAAGGAAAGAAGGAUUAAGGAAUAAGGCGGUAGGCAACCCGGACCAGGCAGGCAGGCAGGCAGCCAGCCAGCCAGUUAGCUCCUGCAAUAGCAACCUUCCAACUUUCCCUCUCCUCCACCACCUUUCCCUAGUGCUGUAUGAUAAACGGCGGCGGGCGGCGGAGGCGACUUGGGAUAAUCGAGAUCUGAUUCGUAUUGGAUGGAUUGCUUGCUGGUAAAGUGGCAAUGCUUUCUGAGUGAUAAAUGACAAGGGCAAGAGCCAAGAGGAAGAAAAAGAAGCAGCCUGCUGCCGCUACUCCAUUUCUAAGCUCGCUCUAUUAAUUUGUACUGUUUGGUCUUCGUUGCUUCUUCUUCAUCGGCGCGACCAUGACUACCAAACGCGCCUACAAGCUCCAGGAAUUUGUGGCACAUACUUCGGCUGUGAAUUGUCUCAAGAUUGGGAGGAAAUCGUCUAGGAUUCUUGUCACUGGAGGUGAAGAUCACAAGGUUAAUCUCUGGGCUAUUGGCAAACCCAAUGCAAUAUUGAGUCUGUCGGGACAUAAUAGUGGGAUCGAUUCAGUCAAUUUUGAUUCUUCGGAAGUCUUAGUGGCUGCGGGGUCUGCAAGUGGUACAAUCAAACUAUGGGAUUUAGAGGAGGCAAAGAUUGUCCGUACCCUCAGGGGCCAUAUGUCCAACUGCAUAUCCGUGGACUUUCACCCUUUCGGAGAGUUCUUUGUAUCUGGUUCUUCAGAUACGAACGUUAAGAUAUGGGACAUUAGGAAGAAGGGUGGUUCUAUCCACACUUACAAGGGGCACACUAGAGGGGUCAAUGCAGUUAGAUGCACUCCAGAUGGUCGCUGGGUAGUAUCUGGCGGACAGGACAACACUGUGAAGCUGUGGGAUCUGACUGCUGGGAAGCUAUUGCACGAGUUCAAGUGUCAUGAUGGCCAGAUCCAAUGCAUAGAUUUCCAUCCCAAUGAGUUCCUUUUAGCUACAGGAUCUGCCGACAGAACUGUUAAGUUCUUUGAUCUUGAAACCUUUGAAUUGAUUGGUUCUGCUGGUCCAGAGGCGAGUGGAGUACGUUGUUUGACCUUUAAUCCUGAUGGACGAACCGUCCUCUGUGGUUAUCAGGAAAGUCUGAAGGCUUUCUCUUGGGAGCCGAUAAGAUGUCACGAUGCCAUUGAUGUGGGAUGGUCCAGAUUGUCAGAUCUUCAUGUUAAUAAUGAUGGAAAGCUCCUGGGCUGUUCUUACAAUCAAAGUUGCGUAGGAGUAUGGGUUGCGGACAUCUCGCACACAGAGUCAUCUACACUUAGCAGUUCUCAGAGGUUCAAUAGCCAUGUUGAAUCUAAAGCCAGUGGAACUGGGAAUAAAUCAAUACUAACUGAGAACACUGCAAAAGCAAGUUUGGGCAGGGUGUCAGUUUCACAAGGUGCAGACUCUUUGGUAAUCGAAACCAAGUCGCUUGGGAGAUUAUCAGUCUCUCACAAUUCUGAUACCAAUAAGGAUUCACCCAAAGAGCCAAAGAUUGUAACAUCCAUAGGAACUGUACCUGGUACCCCUCGCAAGAUCAGUGUAAACUCUGGUGUAAAAGUACUGGCCAAUUCCGUAACAGUUCCAAGUAAUGGAGUCACAAAGAAGAAUUAUUCGAAGGCCAAUCCAGCAGUGAGUGGUCCAGUCUUUAGUAAGGCAGACGUCAUACCUGUCAUUGUUCCUAGAACUAGUGCAAGGUUGGAACACGACUCUGAUUUGAGAAAAGAAACUAGUAUCAGUGGCAGAUUGAUGCAGUUCCCUUUGCAGUCAAAGACUACUGAUUUCCGAAGGUUCCCUUGUAGAAAUGAUGACAUUGAGCAUCAGACUAUCUCUGUCCGGCAUGGACCUACGGGAACCAAUGUUGUGGACAGGACAAGUUCUCCUGCAGUUAAGGGCUCCAUUCAUGGAAGGCUGGCUACUGAAAGGAGUAUCAAGGAUGAUAGGCUGAUUGCAUCCCGAAGACAAGAAUCAAGUUUCAUGACAGAUCAACCUUCGACCUACCCCAUUGAAACUAAUGAGAAUCCUGGGCAUAAAGUGUUUAGGGAUGCACCCUCGUUUGAAGGCCAAAUAGGAGGAAGAAUGCGAUCACUUGCUUUUAAUAUGGAGAAAAAUGGAAGAACCAUCUAUCGGGAUGCUACACCUGAUGUGUCACCUAGGAGAGCGCCCAGGGUUGUGCUCCCUCUUAAUAGAGUACGGUUACCUGCUUGAGAGAGUACACCCCAUCUCCUGAAGCAGAGACGGUUUUGAGCGCUGAUGAGGAUUAUAUAGCUGAUGUAAUGGAACCGCAUGACCAAUUUGUGAGCUCUAUGCAAUCUCGAUUAGCCAAAUUGCAGACUUUGCUUGGGGACAUGGGACAGUGUUGACAUGGAGCUGAAUGUAUAUGAAUAAUCUUGCACUGCUGGCUGUGUAUAGAUAUUGGGAGAGGAAUGAUGUCAAGGGGGCCAUCGGUGUUAUGGAGAAGAUGGCCGAUUAUGCUGUUCUUGCUGAUGUAAUCAGCAUUCUUGCUGAGAACGUCCACAUUGUUACCUUAGACGUUUCCACGUAUCUUCUGCCUGUUCUAACAUUUCUUCUCGAAAGCAAAAUGGACAGGCAUUUGAGCAUCUCGAUGGAAUUGCUGGUGAAGCUUGUCCGGACAUUUGGUACAGUGAUCUUCUCAACUGUAUCAGCUUCAACCACUAUUGGUGUAGACAUCGAGGCAGAGAGAAGGCUGGAACGUUGCAAUCUCUGCUUUGUCGAGCUGGAAAAGGUCAAGCGCUGCUUGCCUUCCUUUGCAAGACGAGGGGGUUCGGUAGGGAAGUCUGCACAGGAGCUGAAUUUAGCUCUACAAGAAGUUUCAUAACUGACUGGGGUUGAGAUCGACGAGGAAGGAAUGGCGUCUGGAUUUUCCCUGUAAAUUCAUGCUAAAAUGGAGACAGUUUCUUGGUGGCAUGCUCACAUGGUUUUACACCGAGGCACCGGAAAGAUGGCUAACAAAAAUUUGUAUCUCAUCACUGAUGCAGUUGCUGCUGCUGCCUGCAGACGAAGCAGCAUUCGGAUAGUGCUGAUUGGAGGGGGAGGUGUCAGGGAAUGCUCUGCGUUAGUUUGAAUGCGUAACCUCCCCUCCUCCACAAGCCAGAACGCUAAUACGAUGUUGUUUUGAUUGGUUAACGUUAUCAUAGAGGUUUAGGUAGGGAUUUGAAAGUGUUCUGUGAUUCCUUCAUUGUUAUCGCUCGUGCUAAGUGCCUAAUGAAGUCGUCAUCAUCAUCAUCAAGAUGAAUGUGUUCUCUCUUCACUUUAUAUAUGCGCAGUCUGUGUUGUUAGUAGCAAACACAGUAUUUAUUAGCGUACAGAUCGUUAAAAUAACGGAUACCAGAUAUUCGGGCUGGCCCAAUAUACAUUAAAAGAACGGUGGGCCUUCGAUCCAAUUUUUUUUU